UUGCGACACUUAAAACAAAAACAACUUUUAGCCUUCCGGAACUGUACAUUCCAUAACCUUUGUGAUUCGACGCAGAAUGCAGCGAUGAAACGGUCUGCAGACGCUCACACGGAUAAUUUAGUGGACAGCCUGCUAGAAGAUGAAGCUGAAAGAGAAAGUCUUCUGUCCAAACCCACCUGCUUCAUCAUUGUGGGCCGACCGGGUGUUGGCAAAUCAACCCUGGCCAAAAAAAUCUCAGCAUCUUGGAACUGUAUCUUGAUUGAUGAUACAGAUCUGCUCAAUAUGCACAUCCAAAAUCAAACAAAAGAAGGCAAAGAGAUGCUGAAAAUUUUAAGUGAGGGAAGAAGUAUACCAGAGAAUGUAGUGCUCCAGCUCAUUCUUGCCAGACUGAACUCACCAGACGUGGAGCACUAUGGCUAUGUACUGAGCUGUUUGCCAUUCAUGUCACAAGAGGAAUUGAAGAUUCAAGACCAGAUUGAACUGAUCAAAAAUCUCAAGUUAAGCCCUGAUUUUAUCAUCAACAUCAAGUACACCGACAGUGACCUAAUCCAGCGGCUGUCGCUUGUAAGGCAACACUGUCAGACGGGAGAGUUAUACAUCAGAGAACAGUUUCAGAAGAGGGUGAACAAAGAAGUCAAUGAUGAGGACAAAGAAGAAGACCAGUUGCAGGCUAAAGAAGAGGACUAUCAUGAUACUUUUAUGGAGGAGAUGGUCUGGACACCAGAGAAUUCAACCAGCAAUGCAUUUCUCAGAAUCACCACAUACAAGGAUACUAUCCUCAGACCACUGGAGGACUACAUCGCUAAACAACACCCCCUCUAUGUUUUGGAGCUGGAUGGACAAGACACACCUGAUGCUCUGCACUCAUCUGUGAAGUUCCGGCUUGGAUUCUUGGGACUAAAGCCUGCUGCUGUUCCUAUACAACUCUACCAGGAUGACGGAAUGAAUGAAGGAUUACCCGACGAUAUUGACACGGAAGAGCUGCUGAGAAUUAUGUGCUCUACCAGAACUGUGGCCCCUAGCUUUAGGUGGAGAAGGAGUCGCUGGGGCCGAACCUGCCCUGUUGCUCUGAAAGAGGGCAAAAUCAUCCAGGGCAAGCCCGAAUUUUGUGUUGGCUUUCAGGACAAAAUAUACAUCCUUUCAUGUCCAGAGGCAUUCCAGAAGUUUGUUUCAAACCCCCGACCAUACUUGCUACCUCCAAUGCCCAGACCCCCUUGCAAGGUUUCCAUCAUUGGGCCCAAACAAGCCGGGAAGAGUGCCCUCUGUCAGCUUCUCGCCCAACACUACAGAGCAGUGGUACUUAAUGUAGAGGCACUGAUGCCUCCAGAUGUUACCAAAACAGAGUCACACAAACUCAAAGAAGACACCACGCAGAUUGCCACAGAGGAAAUCACACUGAAGAUGGAGUUAGAUGAGGGUCAGGAUUUAAUGACAGCAGAUUAUCCAGAGGUGAAACACCUGGAUGAAACAGCAAUAGAAGAAGCCAAAAACACAAAUGUGCAUCCAACUAGCUUUUAUGCUGAGCUACUAGAGAAACGUAUAAAAGAGAUUGAGGAAGAGAACACUGAGGCUGAGGUCAAAACCGGCUGGGUACUCGACAACUUUCCAAACAAUGUUUCCCAAAUGGAAGCAUUAGAGCAAGCUGGAAUCCUGCCAGACAUCCUGUUCUGUCUCCAAGACACAGAUGGACACCAAGAAACACUGACAUUACCUGAUAAAUGGGACUUUGGUGAUCCAGACGUCCCAGAGAUGAAUGAGUACACGCUGCAGCUGAAACACUUUGUGAAGGAGUGGGAGCGCAUGGAGUCGUCAUUAACGGUGGAAAACACUGUAGUGGAGAUUGGCAGAAAGAGUCUGACGGAGCUGUGUGAAGAAAUGAUCUCUCAUAUGCAGAAACCUUUCAGCUAUGUGGCGUGGGAGCUGUCAGGCGUGGACCUGGACGAGGAGGAUCAGGAUAACAAGGCAUUAACAGAGCUGGAGGAAGUCGAGGAAAUAAAGGAAGGCAGUGAUGACGAUGAUUCUGCAGAAGAAGAGAAUGAAGAUGACCGAAAAGCCAGGCGAAUACUGGGUGAUACUCUUCACUUCUGCCCUGUUUCGUUUAAAAAUCUUGGAGUUCUGCAGCCUUGUACAGAUAAAAUUGCAGCCAAGUACCGCGAGAAGACCUAUUACUUCUCCAGUACAGAAUCCAGGGACUGCUUCAUUCAAAAGCCUGAACAGUUUGUUGCACAAACAGAACCUCUUAAGCCUCCUGCCCUCCGGAUCCUGAUGCUUGGCACACGGGGAUCAGGUAAAACCACUCAUGGAAAAUGGCUUGCUCAGAAAUUUGGCAUCUUCCAUAUUCAGUUCCGGGAGCUACUCCAAGAGUUCAUCAUGGCCAAAACACAGCAGCAGGUGCCUCAUGCCAGUGAGGUUGCCUUUCCAGAGGAGUUGCCUGCUGAGGAGAUUGAGGCUCUGAUGAAGGAACUAAGGGGAGAGGAUGAGGAGGUGACAGAGGACGCCUCUAUCAACGUGCACGACACAGAGCUCGAAGAGCCGCUGACCAGUGAGGAAAAAGCAAUAGAAGCCUACCUCUCUAAUGGAGAGCCACUGACUGCAGAGAUCCUGAACAUGGUGAUCGCGCCAUUCUGGAAACAGGAGCCGUACAUGUCUGCAGGUUUUGUCUUGGAAGGCUUCCCUGGUAAUUCUGAGGAGCUUCUUUACAUGGUGGAACAUCAACUCUUUCCUGACAUUGUUGUUGUCAUGGAGGUGGAAGUUGCAGACAUCGUCAAACGUCUGCUGCCAUCAUACCUGGAGAAGUGGUGUGAGCGAUCCAAACGACGCGGCGAGCAGGUGAAGCUGGCACAGGAUCUACGUCAAAAGAUUCUGGAAAAGAAGAUUGCCAAGAGAAGAGCUGAACUCAUGGCGGAGUUAUCCCAUACAACCGACAAACCAAAGGAUUUGAAGGACGGUGAAGAAGAAAGUGAGGAUGAAGAAACAGCUGUGGAGGAAAAUAUAGAGGCCAUGCUCCUGGAGGAGUUCCAGCCUGCAGAGGAUUAUCAAGAUGAGAAGCCUGAGGAAACAGAGGAGGCAGCUACUGAGAGGAUGAAGAUGGGAUUAGAAGAGAAUUUUGAGGCAGACAAAAACGAACUCAUCAUUGUGAUGGAGCUCCUAAGUGAACAUAACGUACCGAAGGUGUCAGUCAGUGCUUCCCACAAGCCGCGAUUCGUUCAGUGUCAACUGUUCAAAAAACUUCAGGCACUCAGGACCAACAGGGAGUCACUCUUCCAACAAUGCCAUAUCAUUUCAAACCACCUGGCACAUAAACUCCUGUCCUCCUCUUACAAGUUCUACAGCGCCUUUGGCUGCUGGGAUCCAAUCAAGUAUGAAGAGGGAGAGUUGAUCCAACCACAGCAGUGGCCAAUCUGUAUGACAUACCCAUUGCUCUUCCACCAGCACAUCUACUUCUUUGUCUCAAAAGAGAACUGCCAGAGGUUUAUGCUGAACCCUUUGAAAUACCUGAAGCAGCCCAGACCUGCUUCUUCCUUCCCUAUCAUGUUUGCUGUUGUUGGACCACCCAAAUCUGGAAAGACAACUGUGACCCAGCUGUUUGCUAAGAAGUAUGGCUUGGUGCGGCUGUCCAUUGGUGAUGCUAUACGUUGGGUGCUUGACACUCAGGAGCACACAGCUCUGGCUGUGCAGAUGAAAACGCACCUCUCCCAGGGUCUGUCAGUACCUGAUGAACUGGCCAUUCAGUGUGUGGCAGUGGUGCUUUUGAACUCAGUCUGCAGCACGAGAGGAUACGUUCUGGAUGGCUUUCCAAUGACACUGAAGCAAGCGCAGGUGAUGGCGACUCUGUGCAUCCUCCCCAUGAUUGUUGUGGAGCUGGAGCUGGACACAGUGGAGAUUCUGAAAAGAGGUUUGGCGGACAAGAAGAAACCCAACAAACCUUACCUCAUGCAUGACAGCAGAGAGAUCCACUACAUUCGUAACACGUGCUACAAGCAGGAGGUGGAUCAUGUGAGACAACAUUUCCAGCAGCAAUACAGGAACUGGAUUGUGCUUGAUGCAUUAAAGAACACAUGGUGGCUCUGGAAUAAGAUUGUGGAGGAGCUUCGCGUAAGCAUUAAAUCCAUCCAGAGCUACGUGGAAAGAAUCAGCAAAGGCCAAGCAGCCUGCAUCAACAGGAUGUGCAUCACACCCAAAGAGCUGCAGGAUCAUCUUGGAGAGUUUGGUCAUUAUUGUCCCGUCUGUCUGGCUUCAUUUGACCACCUGGUGGACUGUUGUGAUGUCAAGUACCUGGUGUACUCGGCAAAGUACAGCAGACGCUAUUACAACAUGUGCAGCGUUGACCAUUUACAGCUGUUCCUGUCCUCUCCUGAUAAGUUUGUGAUCCCUGGCUGUCCAAACGCUCUCCCUGAACCUGAUCUGCUCCCACGGAAACUAACUGAAACUCAGGUGAAGAACAGCUUCCCACAGCAGGUGGAGAUGAAGGGCUUCUGUCCUGUCAGUUAUCUGGAUGGAAAGCAGAGGUAUGAAACCCUCAUUCAAGGAAAAGUGGAAUUUGCUGUGGAAUACCAAAGACGGAUCUAUAUUUUUGAGUCAAAGGAGAAGCAGGAGAAAUUUCUGAGGACUCCUGAAGUCUACUGGGACCAGAAGCUGCCCAUUAAAACCCCUCCUCUGUGUGAGCCUCUACCCCUCACCUCCCUCCCAGCACUGGGCUACUUGGAACAGGGUGUUUCAGUGCCAAUCAUAAAGGCAAUGACGGCCGUUGGAUGCUUGAAACCAAAGUAUCCCUUCCUCAGCGUACAGAGAUCAGCUCUCCUCUAUGUGGCCUUCUAUCUAAAAGCCUUCAACCAUAGAAAUCCAGACUACAUUUGCAAGAAGUACAAAAAGAAACUGGCCCUGUUUGAGGAGAACUGUGCUCUCAUUCCUUACUUGAGCUCAAAUAUGAAGGGGAACUACAAACCUCCUAGUGAACGUCCCUUUGACUUUGAGUUCAAACUGAAGAGGUUUCUGGCUCUGAAGGAUGCUGGUGUGCAGUAGACGUGUCUGUUCUGCUUUU